AUGUCCGCCGCCGACAUCGACCCCGCCCAGCGGCUUAAGGACCGCAAGCCGAUCCCGAAGCCCGUCCCGGCCUACCUCCCCACGGCCGGGUCACCACUUACCGUCGACAAGGCCCUGUACGAGUCGGCGCAAAAGGCGCCUCGCGUGCUCGUUGAGGAGUUCACUCUGCCGAUCCGGUCCGGAAAGGCGUGGAAGGCGCCCGCGGGGUCGAUUGUGAGGAUCAGCACACCCGAGGGACCUCAAGUUGGCGACCUCAACAUCUGGAACGCCCACAACCCGCGCGAGCGCUUCUGGGCCUCGCGCACCCGCCAGCUCCACGCGAGCCACGUCACGGUCGGCGACCGCCUGUGGUCCAACCUGCCCUACAUCCGGCCCCUCGUGACCAUCGUCGCCGACACGCUCGCGUGGUACGGCGAGGACGAGCACGGCGGCCGCGUGCACGACCUGCUCGGCACCCGGUGCGACCCCUACAUCAACUCGAUCCUCAGCGGCGGCAGCUACGACUUCCAGUGCCACUCGAACCUGACGCGCGCGGUGCUCCCCCACGGGCUGAACGAGGCGGACGUGCACGACGUGUUGAACGUGUUCCAGGCGACCGGGCUGGACGAGAGGGGGCGGUAUUUUAUGAAUCCGUGUCCGGCGGGGCCCGGGGAUUAUAUCGAGUUUUUGGCCGAGGUGGAUGUCUUGAUGGCGUUGAGUACGUGUCCUGGAGGCGAUCUGUCGCUCUGGGGUUUCGGCGAGGAUAGCGAGGAGGAGAUGAUCAAGUGCUGUCGUCCGCUGAAGGUCGAGGUUUUCAGACUCGAGGACGAGGGGUUGUUGGAGCGUGGCGGGUGGAAGCCUGCGGAGGUGUCGCCGUAUCAGGGACGGCAUGGCAUGACCAUUCCCUUGGGGGAGGUGCGUAAGUGA